AUGUCGGGAUCAUGGGUUUUUGCAUUCAAGGUCAAUCAGAAUCCUUGUGAGUCCUCUGACGAGGAACUCCAGGAAGCUCUAGAAGAGUUAAACUCGCAGGCAGAUGCGCUCUCAAAGCUCGGUGCCACCAUUCAAUUGCCUUUAUCAGGGCCUACGCCAGUCUGGGUAAUCGAAUGGAGACAUGUCGACUUGAGAGCUGAAGUUGACACAGAUAAUGAGAGGGGUGUCUUCCCUAAAUGCCCUCCUUACCCAUUCGGAGCACUCCUUGUGGCCAAAGAUGCCAUUAAGGCCAAACAGGAACUAUCCCGAGGUAAAGAAUCCAAGGCCGAGAAGAAAGAGGCUGAAUUCUUCAACCCGAUGUGCAUGGAGAUCGAACAAGGGGAAGACUGGAGGGAGCCUAUCAUGGACUUCAUAAAGCAUGGAAGGGUACCUCAGGAUUGGGCGGAACACAACGGCAUACGACAGAUGUCUAUCAAGUACGCCCUCCUCGAUGGGGAUGUUCUUACGCGUCUAUCAUUUUAUGGAAUUCUCCUCAGAUGCCUCGAUGCACAAGAGGCAAGCAAAGUGCUGUAA